AUGACGACCUUUUACACCAACGCCCCCAAUAGCGUGUUCUUCAACAGAUGUGUCCAUCCUGCCUUCAGAGAAGCUCCAGUCAUGUCGCGCUUCCGGACCCCAAGUGACGGCUCUGUCACAUCGACCUGUCACACAAUGCUCGAGGAGGCAAUCUCAGUGUGGAGGAGGCGGGCCGUAGCCCAGGUGCCGUACGGAUCUGCGCACGAGUCAAUCGGAUGCAUCACAGCGGCAUUGGAGCUGCGAAAAGACAGCCUGGAGCUGCUGCUUCUCAGAGCGGCCCUGCACAUCGCCUGGGGUGAUCUGGCAGCGGCGGAAGUUGAUGCCAGCACGUGCGCGGCUCUAUACCAGGGGAGACCGGACGUGUAUUAUGUGAGAGGGUGGGCGCGGGCAGGCCUCAAUAAUGUGAGCGGCGCGGAAGCCGAUCUGCGCACCUGCAUCUUGAUGCUGCAUCCCAGCGAUCCCAACCGCCACAAUCAGGAGCAGGAGCUGUGGGCGCUGCUGCAGUGGGCACCCCAAGUGCCGGAGCAGCAGCGUGCCGCUGCCAUUCAGGCAUCCGCUGCACGCCUGGCGCAGGCCGACCAGCUGGCCUGGGAGGCCUUGGCACAUGGCAACCAAGUGUUCUCGGAGUGGUACUUGGCCGCGGCCGCUCAACAAGUUGUGAGCGGCCCGCAGAGGCCCCCCGGCCUUCCACGGUGCCCGAGGCCGGCCUCGCGCCCAGCGCCAGAGCGGUCGCUGCAGCUCUGCUCAGCCGCCGCUUCCAAGGAAGGCAGCCCAACUUCAGAGGCCGGGACCACUCCAGCCGCGGCCCACAAGGAGGCUCACAGCAAAACCCUGUCUCCUGUGAAGACGGCAACUGCGGAUGAGCUCUGCACCGCUGCACCAGACGGGGCAAAGGCGGCCCCCACCACAGACCCCAUCAGCCCCAACACCGUCCUACCUGGGCCUCUCAGAAAGCCAACUACGCGGCCGGCCAGCUCACGAGCCGACACGGCUGAUGAUGUCAGCGCUAGCCUGGCCGCCAGCUCAGCGCCGACCGGCGCCGGACGGCGCACCACAUCAGCUGCCGACCUUGCAGCAGACGUUGACAGCCUCAUCAGCACCUGCAACUACCUGUCUCAUGAGAAGCAGCCCCUGAGCAGUGCAGAGCUCUCGCGUCCGGCACCACUGGAGAUCUGCCCCGGCCUGCGCAAGCUGGGAAGUAGUGACGGCAGCGCUGAGUCAUCACCUGCGCUGUCAGCUGGAGGCUGCGCUGGCGAUGACGGGCUCGAUGUCAGCGGCGCCGAGGAUGACGUCAGCGAUCGCGUCGUCAUGAAGAGCUCCCUGCGGGCCUCUGCGCCCGCCUUCAUGCCGGCCGCCGGCUUCUCGCCCCUUGAGCCUGAUACCGCAGCCGCCGUAGACGGCAGCCGGGCCGAUGGCGCAGUCGCUGGCUAUGGUGCUUCGGCCGAACCGGCCAAGGAGCAGCUCCUUGAGCAGCAGCCCCUGAGUGAGUCGUCUGGGCCUGAUCUGGCGCUGGCAGUUGCACUCGCUGACAUGGACAGUGAGUCACCCGCACUUGAUCUAGCGUUGGCAGCCGCCAGCUCUGGCGCGUCGGCUGAGCCCGCCAAGAAGCAGCGCUCUAAGAGCAAGACCAAUAACGCACAGAAGAAGAGGAAGGGGCGCAAAGGCCGCACUUGA